GGCUUUGCAUCAGCUAUUCGCAUAGAAAAUGGAGUUUGAGCGUAGCGAGCGAAGCAGCUAUUUUCUACCGUCAAUGGGCGCAGAGCAGUAGAAGUUGUGAGUCGGGUGUGCUUUCCUCUCUUCUUUUUACCUAUUAUCGAUCAGCUAAACGUUUUCAUGUUUGAUUCUGGAAGACAUUGCGAUCGGAAUUAAUUAAUAAUAAUUAAGAAGUAUUGGAAGAACAAUGUCUACUACUACUCAAGAAGAUUGUUCUACGAAGGUGAACCAGAUUAACAAGAAAGAUAAUGAAAAGUCUCGAAAGGUCUUCAGUUCUUCGCAUAAGAAGCACAAGCAUGAAGAUAGCCGUCAUUUUAAAUUUGGAAGGAAGCGGUUGCAAAGUUUUACCAAUAAUACUAAAUUUUUUCCACCAUAUAAACGUAGGAAGAAAGAAGGUGUUAUCAUACCACCGACUAAAUUUCUCUUAGGUGGUAAUAUAUGUGAUCCGUUAAAUUUAAAUAGUAUGCAAGAUGAAGAAGUAAAUAGAGCUAUGAAUGCAGUUACUCCAAAAUCGAGUCCCUUACCAACACCGAAGCACAAAAAAGAAGUAAUCGAAGUUUUAAUUCCACCAAAUAUUUGUGAUCCUCUUAAUUUAAACAAUUGUAAUGAUAAUGAGGAAUAUGAAAAACAACUUAUUUCUCCGACAAAAAAAGGCUCCAAACGGCGUAAUAAAAAGCGAAAACGUGCAUCUUCUGGUUCUGGAAAAGAUGAAACGAAGGAAGUACAAGAAUUGGAAAUGAAAGAUACAGAGAUUAUAAAUUCUGUUGAAUCGAAUGGUAGUAGUGCUUCAGAAAGAAUUAUGUCAUUGUCAGAAGAUAUCGUUUUUGAUUCUCCUUCGGAAAGUCAAGUUAAAGACUGUAAAUUGGAAAGUCCACAAAAGGAUAAAGGUAAAUUACGUUUAAAAGGACUGGAAGAUUCUAAAGAUAAACGAUUAAGGAAGCUGGACGUAAAAGAUAAAAUUGUAAGUCCCGUUAUUCCUCAACCUGGUGCAUGGAAGCCUAGACCACAACAUCGUCCUAGCCAAGAUAAAAAGAAAAAACAACAAUCGUUACCAAAUUUUAAAGAAAAGGAUGCCCGUUACCAGUAUGGUAAUUACAAUAAAUAUUACGGAUAUCGUAAUCCACAUCAUGUUGUGGAUACAAGACUGACUGUAUUUGCUCAACGUAAACAUUUAUUUUUUGGAAAAGACAUUCUUGACAUAGGCUGUAAUAUUGGACAUAUAACUUUAUCAAUUGCAAGAGAUUUGUUAGCACGAAAUGUGACAGGUAUCGAUAUUGACAGAAUGCUUAUUAAAAUUGCACGCAAGAAUGUUAAACAUUAUGUGAACUGCGUUCAGUCACCUGCAAGCAAUGAGGACAAUGGAGAAGGGCAAAGAGAUUCAGAUACAAACUUUUUUCCUAUGUCUAUGCCAAUUAAUUAUGGACCCAUUGACAUUCCUGGUUUUACUAAAAAUAAAAAUCAUAGAGGCUUUCCUUAUAACGUUAAUUUUGUACAAGGAAAUUAUGUAUUAGAAGAUGACGCCCUUUUAUGUUUGGAACAACCUCAGUUUGAUACAAUUUUGUGCUUAUCUAUUACUAAAUGGAUACAUUUAAAUUAUGGAGACGCUGGAUUAAAGCGAGCUUUCAAACGUAUGUAUGCCCAAUUACGUCCAGGUGGUGUAUUGGUAUUGGAACCACAAGGAUGGGCUAGUUAUGGUAGGAAAAAGAAUCUCACGGAACGAAUAUAUAAAAAUUAUCAGAGCAUCGAAUUCUUUCCUAACAAGUUCACACAGUAUUUACUUUCUCCCGAAGUAGGCUUUAGUAAAUGCGAAGUUGUAUCUAUUCCCCCUCACCCAUCAAAAGGAUUUCAAAGACCUAUUCAAUUAUUCACCAAAGUUGCCUCUAUUAUAGAAAUCACGGAGAAUUUGGAAACUGUAAAUACUUCAGUAUCGAACGAGUCUUCUGAAAAUACUCAAGUACGAAAUGAAAGGAGAGAUCAAAAACAAAAGGAUUUAGAACGCAGACAAUAUGAACGGGAGCUUUUUCCAAAAGAUAAAGAAGGCAAUAUGUCAGAAAUUAGUCAACAAAGUGGGGAGUCAAUAAAUCAAUACGAUCAAUUAGAAAAUGUUUAUGCGCCUAGUGCUACACCGUGUUAUGAUACACCUGGUCAUAAUAAUGACAGCAGUCAAUCUAUGGAAGUGUCAAAAAUGUGUUAUGUUGAUGUAAGUAUUGAACAUCAUAAAAUCGACGUUGAGAUGCAAGAUGUUAAUAACAAACAGACAAAAGAAUCUGUAUCCCAAACAUCAUCAUCCCUUAAUAAAUCUAAUGUUGAGCCUACUGUAAAAGAAAUUCAAAAAGUUGUAGAAUGUUCAGAUAAGAAAGAUGACCCGAUGAUCAAUAAAAAAGUUGGAAUUAAACGAUUGGCCGAUGAUAAAACAGUAAUCAAUGAGGAUAGUAAGAAAUUAAAAAUGACAUCAAGAACUGAUGAAAAUAUAAACAAGACAUGCAAAGAACAGGUUAAUUCAAUACAAAGUAAAAGUAUUAUCAAAGACAAGCAUACUAUUGAGAAAAUUAAUUUUAGGAGUUUAGAGAAAAUUAAUAAAGCAUGCAGACAGUCCGUACAAUCUUUCAAAAAGUCAUUCCAAGAUUUGGAUGGUGUUCAACUCUUGAGCAAUAUAUUGAACAAUGAGGGAUCCUCAGAAACAUCAUUAUCGAGUAAAUCUGAUUUUCAUCAAGAUAAAGGAGGUGUUACAACUAAAGGUGUUAAUGAUAAAUCAGCAAAUGAUAAUCAGCAGAUAAUACCAAAGUAGCAGACACUGUAACUUGGAUAUAUCUCAAAUUGGAGAUCAACUUGGAAAUAAUAAUCCCAUAUACGAAUACAAAAAUUAAGGAUACUCUCAUCUCAGAUUUGUAUUCUUCUACUAUUUUGAGAAAGACAAUAUGAAGAAUCAAUUAAUCGGAAUAUAAAAGAUGAAGAAUCAUGACAAAUUUUGUUCUAGAAUUUAAAAAAAAACAUGGAUCAGCUUGGAUUCGCAGUGGCUUUACAAUGAUAAAAUUUUUCAGUGUGAUCAAACUUAUUGUUCCCCAUGUGUCUUAUUUAUUUAUUAUAUUUACAAUUAGAAUAAUUAAUUAAAAGUCUUUUACGCAUUUCUUCAAUUAAUUACUAUUUUAUAAAAUUGUCAAAGGAGAAAGAAAGCUCUUGUAGCAACAUUGUUUCUAUCAUGUUGGUUAUAUAUAUAAAUACAUAAUCUAUCUUGGUAUAUAUAUAAGAAUAUUAGAAAAAAAUUGAUAAUAUAUAAAAUUAUUCGUUAUUGCAAAUUGGUUUUAAAAUAGAAUUAAGAAAAGAGUAUGAAUGAACGACAAAGGAAAAUAAAAGAAAUAGGAACGCGGCGAAUAGGUAUAUAAGUUAUUUGAAAUAUCUUGUACCACAUAGGUAGAUAUUUAUUUCUGCUUCUUAUCUAGUCUGUCUAAUUAGCAAUACUCUGAGACAAUGAGCUGUAUAUGUAUUAUAUAUAAGAUGCUAAAAUUUUUCUUGUUACACUAUUUUCUUUAUAUUCCUUUUUUUGUUGAUUGUAAUACUUUGUGUAAAACAUAUUAAAUGUAUUUUAAGUGAAUGAAAAAAGAAAUAAUUAUAAGAAGAAUAUAUGUUUCAAGGAAUAUUUUCCUAGAAACGAUAAAAUUCUCACAUUAUGAGAAAAUAAUAUAGCUUGCGAUGGAAAUAUUUACUAUAAAUAAAAUUUAACAUAAGUCCUUUAAUUAAUGAUAUUUAAUAUCAUUAUAAAGAGACAAGUUUACAUAUAAGCGUGGAGUGUAUAUAUUACAUAGAUUCAAAUGUAAACAAAUACAAAUACAUAAUGAGUUUAAUCAUUAUGUAUGAAUAGUGUUAUUUAAAAUAGAACACGACGAGAAGAAUUAGCACAAAUCAAUUUCGCGAAUUAUGCACUUUUACAAACAUGUUAAUUUUUAGUGCAGUAUACAUAUACAUAUACUAAGUAUAGUAUAAUCUCUAAUGUUUGUUAAGAAAUACACACAAGAAAACAAAAAAGAAGAAAAUACAUAAUAUAUAUGAAGAAUAAGAAAAGAUAAGGAAUAAAAACGUCGCUUUUAAUU